GCUAGCAUUGCUGCUUUUAUCAUUUGCGAGAACUGCAUUUUGUAAGACCGUGCUCCAAAACGAGGAUCUUUUAAGAAUAUAUAUAUAUAUACAUAUAUAUAUUUAUAGUCACAAACAAUCCUCGAGGAACUUUGAGGGAGGAAGAGAUGAAAGCUAUCAGCCCCAUCCGAUCAGUGAGAAGCUGUCACGAGGCGGUGUGCUGCUUGUCUGAUCAGAGUUUGGCCAUCUCACGGGGUAAGAACGCGGUAGAAGACUCCAUCACCUUGUUGUACGAUAUGAACGACUGCUACUGUAAACUGAUGGAGCUGGUCCCUAGCAUUCCCCAGAACAGGAAAGUCAGCAAAAUGGAAAUCCUCCAGCAUGUUAUCGAUUAUAUAUUUGACCUACAGAUUGCAUUAGAAAGCCAGCAGAAGGACCCCGAGAACACGGCAUCGAGCAGCUCCCUACUAACGUUGCAGCGGUCGGAACUGUCUAGUGAAGGAGAGAGUCUGACCUUGUGUCACUGAUAAAAGCCGCGGUGUGCGUCCAACUCGCCGCUCUCGAGUGUCCCGCCAGUGAAUCAAGCGUCAAGACCUCACACCCCCUCCCCACCCUUCCCGUUACCACUUCCAGCAAUGUCUUCAACAUUUCAAGGACAAAUCGUGUUUUGUGUUUUUUUUAAAGAACGAGCCCGUACAUAUCUGGGGAGCGCUUUCGAUUUGGCACCCAGAGUACUCUAUUUAUAAACACCUCGCAUUUUAUCUUAAGGACCAAAGAAUUUUAAUGAAGUCAGCUUGAUUUCUUGAAAGAUAUUUUUAGAAAUUAAUGGAGAAAUUAUGUGAUUCAUGAUUAAUCUUUUGUAAGAUGCUGGUUGAUUGGAACUUGAUGAAAAGCAGCAAAUACCAGGAUUUAAGUUCAGUCGACAAUUUUUUUUGAGGGGACCAAACAGAGAGGAUUUGGCUGGUCUGGAAUUCAAUAUUAUAAUGGCUAGUGUAUUGACAAUUCCCGAUUAAUCAGAGCUCUUACAGUGUUCAAGCCUCAAGCUCUGUUUUUGCUCAGAACCUUCUGUGGCAUAGAUAACCGUGCUUUGCUACAGAAUUUGUGCCCCAGUACGGUGUAGGGUGCUGUUUCUCAUAGCAUGGAUCAUCCUCUUGCAGAAUGAGUCGAUGUGUUUUGGACUCACUCGUGGGGCUGUUGCCUUCAAAGUUAUAGAGUCCUAGAGAAGUACAGCAGGGAAACAGGCCUUUCAGCCCAUCUAAUCCAUGCCAACCACAGCAUCAUCCCUGCUAGAUUGUCUGUUUUCUGUAGGGACUGUAACUAUAAUCCGAGCCCCCCUCUCCUUCAUGUACUCAAGCAAAUACCUCAAGUGUUGCGAUGGUCUGUGCCACGCCACUUCAGGCAAUCCAUUCCUGGUACUCACUCCAGAGGUUACUGAUGGAUAAAGUUCUCUCAGCUCCAAUGAGAGGGCUACUACUUCCUGGUGUGUGAGGGGAACAUCUGAGCAGGUUGCAUGUGGGAACAGUAACAGUACAAUAGUGUAGGGGACUAUCGCUGGAUCUACUAAUAAGGACUACUCUUUUACCCUUAAAUAGAGCCAUCAAUUAAGGCCAUAAGGUAUAGGAGCAGAAUUAGGCCAUUUGGCCCUUCAGGUCUCCUGUAUUUCGUCAUGGCUGAUCCAUUUUCCCUGUCAGCUCCAAGUGCAGUAUCGCGAUUUUAAGACAUGCCCAAUUUUCAACAUGUGGACCCAAGGAUUCUCCAGUUAGGCCUGUAGCACUGUCUGGGAAUAGUCGGAUCAGGAAGUCUCCCAGUUUCUUAACACUUGUGAUGACUACCAUUUCACUGUUGAAACUUGUGCAUGCAGUACUGCACUGUUCUAAAUAUUUUUCAAACAAAUCCCAAAAAAAAACUCUUGAAACUUUUGAAACAUGUCUGUACUGGGAGGAGGAAUCUAUGUCCAUUCUAGUGGAAAUGCACAAAUCUUGGAGAAGAGCUUCAAGUAGACGCUGCAUCAUUGAUCUGUAGAAGGGGGAGUGAAGUUCCCCAACUUUUGCGAACUCUAUACUAGAGUAUCUUUUGUAUAUUUGUGGGGAGAAAUUUUCCUGCGAACAUGUAUUUCUUCUGAUGUUUUUAAAAAAAACUUUUUAUAAAAGUUUAUGGACAUGUAAAUUUUAUACAUAAUAAAAAUACAUUUAUAAAUAUAA